CUGAAACCCAGGAAUUAAUUUUUAUAUUUAUAUAUUUAUGUUGGGAUGUUUAGGGGCUUUGGCUGUAGCAGUACCAGGAGAACUGAAAGGAUACUGGGAACUGUAUAAGCGAUUUGGCACCUUGGAGUGGAAAGAUCUGGUUCAACCUGCUGUAGACUUGUGCAACAAAGGCUACAUCAUGACCAAACAUCAAUACAAUGCCUUUUUCAAAAACAAGCUAGAUGAUGAAGAUACCAACUUCAACGAAUGGUUCAAAGAUAAAAACAACGAAUAUAAAAAAUAUGGCUCGCGAAUAGUGCCAACGAAGUUGUGCAAAACUUUGAGCUUGAUCGCAGUGAAUGGUGGAGAUGACUUGUACAAUGGUACACUAGCUAAAAUGUUCUUGGAUGAUUUGAAAGAAGCUGGAGGGAUAAUCACAUCCGAAGAUUUAGAAAAAUAUGAGGCAGAGUGGAUGGACCCAAUUAGCAUAAAAUUCAGCACUCAAGAAACCGUUUACACAUCUCCACCUCCUGGUUCCGGCGCUAUUUUAACUUUAAUUCUGGGCAUUUUGGACGGUUACCAGUUCGACAGGGACAACAUAGAAGAUUUGAACUCGACAGUACUUACUUAUCAUCGAAUCAUUGAGGCUUUCAAAUAUGCGUAUGCCAAAAGAACUGAACUAGGAGAUACGAAUUUUGUUAAUAUAAGUGAUCUCUUAUCAAAUUUAACGUCACAAGAAUACGCACAUAAUAUAAGAAGUAAAAUAAUGGAUAAUACAACGUUUCAAGAUCCAAAACACUACGGUGCCGUAUUUUACGACAAGGGCGAUCAUGGGACUGCCCAUAUUUCGAUUAUAGAUCAGAAUGGUGAUGCCAUAUCCAUCACCAGUUCCAUAAAUCUCUUCUUUGGCAAUGGAAUGACAUCAAAACAGACGGGGAUAAUCUACAAUAGCGUAAUUGACGAUUUUUCUUUUCCCUAUUUCAAAAACUACUUCGGGCUUCCGGGAUCUCCAAACAACAAAAUGCAACCGGGAAAACGUCCAUUAUCGUCUAUGAGUCCAACGAUUAUUGUUGAUAAAGAUGGGGAUGCAAAAAUGGUUGUCGGUGCCUCGGGAGGCACGGUAAUUACCUCAACAGUGGCUUGGACCAUCAUUAGAUCUCUGUGGUUUGAGGAAAAUGUUAAGGAAGCUGUUGAUGCGCCCAGAAUCCAUCAUCAGCUUUAUCCGAUGCAAAUAAUGUAUGAAUAUGGCGUGUUACAGCAAGUUUUGGAUGGUCUUAAAGCCCUAGGCCACAAAAUGCAACGGAAUUUGUCAUCAAUUGUUUGCGCGCUUAAGAAAGAAAACGGAAAAAUAACUGCAAAUGCUGAUUACCGGAAGGGCGGAGAUGUAUACGGAUUGACCUAAGAAAUGUAUCAAAACACGCUUAAAAGUUUAGUUUAAUAAACAUUUUUAUUAUGUAGGACACUCAUUAUUAAUAUACACACUAAUCAUUAAAUUAAGUCUAUUCGACUUAGUAUUGUUAUUAUUUGAUCAUGUAAAAUUUGUUAAAAGUGUGCAUAUUUUUCUUUAAAUAUUUGUUAGCUUCAAUUUUUGCUAUGGAGGGAAGAAUUUUCUACUACUAUCUAUAAUUAAAAAGCAAUGUGAUAUAAUAGGGUAAAAAUAAACAUUAAAGUUUGAAAGCAAA